AUGCUGUUUUCUACCAAAAACAUCGCAUAUAUCCUCGCGCUCGUGUCCUUCGGGAGCGGUGCCGUUCUCCGAAGCAGCGGUGGUAGUAACGAAGUUUCAGGGUCUGGUUAUUGUGAGCAUCUAUCAGCCUGGAUAAAAGAACGUGAGUAUAGCAACGGAGACAAGGUCAUAUACUGGGGGUAUAUAUGGACUGCCGCAGCGUGGUCAUAUAACAACCCUCCCAGCGAACUCGCGGCAGAAUGGAUCAAGAGCGAGUUCUGCGAGGAUGGAAAUCAAAACAGUACCCACCAUACGCGCGGUAACGACAAGACCGAUGACUGGGGCCGCGAGAAUGACCGAGACAAAAUCAAUAAAAACAACGAUGCGGAAAAUGAGGACGACGGCGAGAAUAACAGCGGUAAUGGUGACGACAAACACAGAAAUUCCGACAUUUGGGGUGAGAGUGCAGGCGAUGGUGAUAACUGA